AUGUUCUCCUUCGGCCGCCAGCUGCUGUGGUCAGCCAAAUCAUGUCUUCGCGCGCAACAGCAGCCAUGGCAGUCCGCCGCCUCUCGUCUCUUUUCCACCACCCAACCUGUUGAAGGAGCGUUGUACAAAAUGAAGACCCAUUCCGGCGCAAAAAAGCGAUGGCGCUCGUUGGGGUCGGGAAGUUCCUUCAAACGCGGCAAAGCUGGACACCAGCAUUUGAACGUAUCAAAACCACCCGGGCGUAAGAACCGGCUCAGCACAACCGCGUACUCGAACUCUGCUCAAACGCACAAGCUCAAGAAGCUGCUCCUACCAUAUGGCUCCGGAUAG